AUGGGGAAGAGGAGGACCAAGAAAAGACUGGAUUUAUUGACAUCUGAUCAGGCAGCAGCUCCCCAGGAAGUUCCUAGAAAGAGAGGUCGACCGCGUAAAGUUAUAGCAGUGAAAGAGAAAGCCGAUCAGGAAGGCGAUAAUAUACCUGAUGAAACAGGAGAUGAGCAGCAACAGCAGCAACAAGAACACCAACAAGAAGAAGCAUCUUCAUCCCGAGAUGCUGGCAAAGACGAAGAGAAAGCUAUCCAGGAGCAAAAUCAAGAAGACGAGAAGCCGAGUAGCAGUAGAGGGAGAAGGAAAAGCCGAAAACCUCUAAAGAGCACAUGA